ACCACCAGGUCCGCGCAGGGCGAGAGGUCUCCACCUCCCCUGGCAGGCAAGACCCACACCCUCCCAGGUGCGCGAGUUGUGGCUGCGGUUCGCGACCCCGCCCCACUUAUCCAGCUGGUAGAAAAGUCCCAGCUGUCAUCAAUGAUUCGUCUGAAACGAAUAGGCGCCUGAGAUAUCCUCACAUUUUAUUGGCUAACGCUGCUGUCUGUCUUCGGGCGGCGGCCUCUGGGAAAUGUAGUUCCGGAGAACACGGAGUCCUUCUGGGGCUAGGUUUUCCGCUUCCGGUGUUCAGUGGCUAGCCAAAUAGCCGUGUUUGGGGCCUAGGCUCGGGCCUCUUGCGUCCCCGCGAAGAACGUGGCACGGGGCCUAAUCGUCCGUAUUCUCUUAGCUUCAAGCUUCUCUACUUUUCAACCAGAUCACUUAGCCGUUGACUCCUCUUAUCAAACUUCCGGAACUGCCACCCCACCCGUGACUCCACAGGCACCAGGGCAUGCAACAGGGCUGGGACAGGAAGGCUCUCUUCACCUCAAGCGUGCUGGGCUAACACUUGCGAUUUUUACUAGAGUUAACUUUGUAAUGUAUGUCUCUGACUCUAGAAUUUCAAGAGAACUUCCACUUAGUGACUCCUAAGUGGAAGUUCUAAGAUGGCUUCCCAGUGAGGUGAUGAAGAGGUUUGAGCUUCAGAGUGCAGUUGCAAGGCUCUUCUCUGACCUGAACAAUGGCUGUAGCUGUGGACCAACAAAUCCAGACUCCUUCAGUACAAGAUCUCCAAAUAGUUAAACUGGAAGAAGAUUCCCACUGGGAGCAGGAAAUUUCCCUUCAAGGGAAUUACUCUGGACCAGAGACAUCUUGCCAGAGCUUUUGGCAUUUUCGUUACCAAGAAGCAUCACGACCCCCAGAGGCCCUCCUCCAGCUCCGGAAGCUCUGUUGUCAGUGGCUAAGGCCAGAGAAGUGUACAAAAGAGCAGAUCCUGGAGUUGCUGGUCCUAGAACAGUUCCUGACUGUCCUUCCCCAGGAGAUCCAGAUCUGGGUCAGACAGCAGCAUCCGGAGAGUGGAGAGGAGGCAGUGGCCCUGGUGGAAGACUUGCAGAAAGAACCUGGAAGACAGAGGCUGGAGGACUUCCAGUUCCCCAGCCAGAUGGGGUCACAAUGCUGCAGAAAAGUGAAGAGCUUUGGAAUGAAGAUCUCCCGGACUUCAAGGAGAUUCAGAAAACAUCCAGUGCAGGUGGGAAAUGAGUGGGAGCUAGCAUUCCACCAACAAAGUCAGCCCUGGGAUUCUAAACUCGGACAAGCCAGCACUGGGCAAGGUCUGAGAGGGGAGCCAGGCACUCAGUGCACCCAGUUUACUAUUCUGUGGUGUGGAAAAGCACAGGACUUGAGAAGAAGGUGGCACCCAGGAAAGCCUGUUCCCCUAAGUUUGAACUUUAGUUACCUUGAAAAAAGGUCUAACUGAGUUAUGAGUGUUUAUGAUUUUAU